AUGGUUGCACUUAAGAUAUUCUUUCGAAGAGCUGGAAAAUUUAAGCAAAGAAAUACUAGCAGAACGACUAACAAAGUUUAUCAAGAACUAAAACAAGACGACGGAAGAGAAUACAGCCGUUCAGCACAUGUUGGUAUAAGAGCGGGAAUAAACCGAUAUUUAACUUCAGAAAGAGUAGGAAAAACUUUUUCAAUCAUAAGUGAUCCCAUUUUCAAAACAGCAAACAAAUCCUUGAAUGCGAAGCUAAAGAAAAUCAAGGAAUGUGGUUCAUCCAAAGUGAAGCAUCACUCAAGUAUCCCGCCUGAGGACAUACAAAAAUGUUACGAGAGUGGUAUUUUUGGAGACGACUCCCCUCUAUCGUUAUUAAGAGUGAAUUGGUUUAACAUAAACCUAUAUUUCUGUCGAAGAGGCAGGGAAAACCAAAGAAAAUUGUCAAAGAACAGUUUCAUUUUCAAGACAGAUGCAAAUAAUGUUGAGUAUGUUGAAAUGGCCGAGCAAGAAAAAACAAAAAAUCAUCCUGGCGGUCUUAGUGAUAAGGCAGACGAGGCGGACCCUAAAAUGUUUUCUACGGUGAAACUCACUGUCCUGUUCAGUACCUUAAAAAGUUCAUUCAAGUUCUUAACCCUGGGGAAGAGGCACUUUUCCAAAGGCCAAAAAGAAAUUUUUCCGCUAUAG